AUGGCUGGUGCUGCUAUAAGAAUUCAUGAAGCUGCCGGAAAGAUGAGGCAAAUCUGCCGGAAAAUAGUCCACGUCAAUAUCCGGCGGAGCAUACUAGACAAAGUUUCAGCAUUCCGGCAAUUCUUUAGAUUCAUUUGGGACAGAAUGCUUGUUUGUUCAAUAGGGAGGCCUAUUCGAUAUAGAAGAUUGUCUCAAAGAUCAUGUAAUUCUUCUUCGCCGUCUGUGGAAGCUAUAGAGUCUUGCUUAGGGCAUGAAGAAGACCCCAUCACUAUUACAUGCAGCAGUAGCAGCUAUGAAGACAUGAGUGAUUCAGAUUUAGUAGCCUUAAAAAUCAGUCUUUUGGGUGAUUGCCAGAUUGGAAAAACAAGCUUUAUGAUAAAGUAUGUAGGGGAUGAACAAGAAAAAAGAGGAUUGCAGAUGAAAGGAAUAAAUUUAAUGGAUAAAGUCCUACAUGUUCAAGGUGCAAGGAUUGCUUUUAGAAUAUGGGAUGUGGGAGGUGACAUAAGGUCGUUUGAUCAAGUUCCAAUUGCUUGCAAAGAUGCCGUAGCAAUUUUGUUUAUGUUUGAUCUUACCAGUAGAUGUACGCUCAACAGUAUUAUUGAGUGGUAUAACGAAGCAACAAAGUGGAAUCAUACUGCAGUUCCUAUAUUAAUUGGAACGAAGUUUGAUGAUUUUGUCCGACUCCCACCAGAUAUUCAAUUGACUGUUGUGACUCAGGCAAGGGCAUAUGCCAGGGCAAUGAAAGCAACCCUUUUCUUCUCAAGUGCAACACACAACAUCAAUGUCAACAAGAUCUUCAAGUUCAUCAUGGCCAAGCUCUUUAACCUGCAAUGGACUCUAGAAAGAAAUUUGACAAUUGGUGAACCCAUUAUCGACUUCUAA